UGGCCACCAGAAAUACUGCGAGAACACUUAUAUAUUAAUAGGAAGUUAUACCACUCUUUGAAUGUAAUGCUUAUUUGCGAUGGUAACCAAAAAAUUCUAGCUGUUAAUGCAGGCCACGGUGGACGGACUCAUGACUCACGCAUAUGGAAUGCAUCGGUUGUCUCCCAUCAUUUAGAACAAGAGCACAGAAAUGGCAGAACAGGAACAUGGUUGAUUGGUGAUUCUGGAUACCCACUACUCCCGUAUUUGUUAACUCCAAUGUUAAAUCAACCCGUUGGUACACCUCCUGCUAGAUAUACCGACGUGCAUGUUAAAGCCCGCAGCGAGAUUGAACGUUGCAUCGGAGUGCUUAAAGGUCGGUGGAGGUGCUUAAGAAAAGAACGAGCACUACAUUACAAACCAGAGUUUGCAGCAUUAAUAGUGAAUGCUGCUUGCGUUUUGCACAAUAUUGCAAAGACAUAUAAUGUCCCCGAACCUGAUUUAUAUGUCGAUGAUAUAGACCAAGAAGGUGAAGAUUUUUUACAAAACAUUAAUAACGGUAGAGGUCGAGCAGGACAGGAAGUUCGGGAAGUAUUAAUACAUCGAUACUUCACGUAG